CUGGCUGUGGAAGCCGCUUCCCAGAAGGGGCGGCAUGGAGCAGUUGCUGAAGCAGCUGCUGGGGCCGCUGGAGAAGAAGGGCGAGCGGGAGCUGCAGCGGCUCAGCAAGAGGGUGCAGAAGCGCCUGGGGAGGGAGGGGGAGAAGCUCGUCGCCGAGAACGAGCCGGAGGGAGGGGCGGAGCGGGCCGCGGGCGCUAACGAGCGGAGGGACAGCGCCGAGUACGGCGGGCUGGAGGCGGCCGUGCAGCUGCUGAUAGACCCGGACCGCAUCCGAGACCUGGCAGGGGCACUCGGCACAGACGUGCCCCCUGGAUCUGCAGCCACUGCUGUGCAGAGCGAGCCCCUUCCUGCCGGUGCCACAGCUGGAGCAGCCGAGUCCCCUCCCACUCUGAUUCCUGACUCUGAGCAGCUGGAAAUUCUCCCUUUGGACAAUGCAGAGGGACACACAGUUGUCCUGCGGCGCCCGGAGGUGUCAGAAAUAUUCCAGUCUCAGCCACUGGUGGAGGGCAGUCACGUGGCCUUCAGCUGCUUCAUCGCAGGGUAUUUCCCCCAGGAGCUAACUGUGACCUGGCUCAGGAGGGAGAGUGGAGGCAGUGUAGCCAUGCCCAUCGAGGACUCCGCUGAUUAUGCCAUCAUCCCCAAGGAGACCUGUGCCAAAGACAGGGAGACCUACCAGCAGAUGGUGACGCUGUCCUUCACCCCAUCGGUGCGGAGGGACCAAGGGGCAGAGUUCAUCUUCCAGGUGGGACAUGUGGCCCUGCAGACCCCCAUUGAGAGGAGCACUGGGACACUGGAGGUCAAAGGUGUCGCUACCCGCAGCGCCAAGGAAGUUGCCCCCGACUCCAGGGAAGUUACUCCUGUUCCCAAGGAAGUUGCCCCCAAUACCAGGGAAGUUACUCCAGUUUCCAAGGAAGUUGACCCCGACACCAGGGAAGUUGCUCCUGUUUCCAAAGAAGUUGCUCCUGUUUCCAAGGAAGUUGCCCCCAACACCAGGGAAGUUGCUCCUGUUUCCAAGGAAGUUGCCCCCAACACCAGGGAAGUUACUCCAGUUUCCAAGGAAGUUGCCCCCAACACCAGGGAAGUUACUCCAGUUUCCAAGGAAGUUACCCCUGGCUCCAAGGAAUUUAAGCCCAUUUCCAGGGAAGACAGAGAAAACGCAGCUGGUGGAAAUGAGACACACUUUGUUGACCGGCACCGAGAACAGCUUAUCCAGCGAGUAACUCUGGUCGAGGGUGUCCUGGAUAAGCUGCUGGGUGAUGUGUUGGACUAUGAGCAAUACCUGACCAUUACAGCUGAGAGAACCAACCCAAUGAAAAUGCGGAAGUUGUAUGAGUUCAUGCUGAGCUGGAACAGGUAUUGCAAAGACCAGCUCUACGGGGCGCUGAAGGACAAGUGCAAGUUCCUUGUUGCAGAUCUGGAAGGGGAAUGAAGGCAAUGAACACCCUUCCCCCUCUAUGCAUACACACUGCCUUUCCCUUUGCUUCCUGUGUGUUUUUCAGGGAGGGAAACCCAUUUCUGGCUCUUCCCCAUGUUUCCAAAGAUGUCACAACUGGUUAAGACAAGGGCUGUAUGAAAACUUUCCCUUGAAAUUAUUUUUCAAUGGAAAAUCAGAUUUUUAACAAGAUAAUAUCUAUUUUUUGAGAAAAAAAUUUAUUGUUGAAAAACCAAACACCCAAACCAAAAAUAUUUCAGCCAAAACCUGAAAUAUUUCAAUUUGGGUAUAACUUAUGGGAGGUGGAGUUCACUGGCCUCAUCCCCAUUCUCAUCUAUGGACCAGGGCCCUCAGCUGGACUACAUUUCCCAUGAGGCACCAUGGCCAAGGAUUCCCAUGAUGCAACUGCCUCCUCACCAAAAGGAGAGACCAUGGUGCAUGCUGGAGCUCAGUGGAGAAUGGGGUCAUGGGGCACCCAAAUUUCAACUCCCAUUUGGAACUGCAGCAGCAUUUCCAAAUCAAAAUAUUUUGGUUUUAGUUUGUUUGUGUUUUUUUUGUUUGCUUUUGUUGAAAAGUUGAACUUUUCGUGAAAAAUCUGGACACAAAUGAAAUCUAUUGAUCUGUUUUUGUUUGGGGGUUUUGUUUUGUUUUAAAACAUCAGUGGAAAAAUCCUUCAUUUGCCAUCAGCAGACCCCAAACCAAACUGCAGCUCCCUCUCCUUGCCUCGCUCUCCCAGCCACCUCAGCCCCUGGCUGCUGCAUUCUGUUGGCAGCUGAGUGUGAAGGGCUGGAGGCUGAACUGAACAGCUGGUGGGCUGCGCUGGUGAGGACCGCAAAUCUGGGGGGGGUGUCUCCAUUUUAUCCUAGUCCUGGGGAAGAUAAAGCUCUGAAUCCCCACAGCUACAUUCUGUUCCACCACAUCCCUCCCUUUGGACAAAAAAAAGUCCAGAGAUGCCCUCCUAGAGUUUAAAGCCAGAAGGGACCAUUAGAUCAUCUAGUCUGACUUCCUGUGUAGCCCUGGCCCUUACAUUUCACCCAGUUACCCCUGCACUAUGCCCAAUAACCUGCGUUUGACUAAAGCCUCUUCCACAAUGGCAGUCGGUCAGGAUUUGAAGACACCAAGAAAUGGAGGCUUCAGAGUAGCAGCCGUGUUAGUCUGUAUUCUCAAAAAGAACAGGAGUACUUGUGGCACCUUAGAGACUAACAAAUUUAUUUGAGCAUAAGCUUUCGUGAGCUACAGCUCACUUCCUGAAUGCAUCCGAUGAAGAGAGCUGUAGCUCACGAAAGCUUAUGCUCAAAUAAAUUUGUUAGUCUCUAAGGUGCCACAAGUACUCCUAUUCUUUUCAAGAAUGGAGGAUUCACCACUUCCUUUGGUCAUUUUUUCCACCCUGAGUGAGGAAAAAUUGGUGCCUGAUUUCUAGUGUGAACUUGUCUGGCUUCAGCUUCCCAGCCCUGGGUUCUUGUUCUGUUUUUCUCCAGUAGAUUGCAGAGCCUCGUACACUGCAAUACCCUUCCCCCAUGCUCUCACUUGCAUUACAGACCCAUUUGUCCUUUGUAUCAGGGCUUUGGGCAAGGCAAUUCCACCGCUGCCAGGACGAGGCUUUGCUCUGCUUCUCCCCAGACACACACACGUCCCCCAAGCCAGAACCUGGCUGCUACCCUGGGCCUUUGCUGGCCAUCUAAGUCCACCAGCACCAACCCCUCAGGGCCCUGUCGGGAGAGGGGGCUGCCUCUCACCCUGCCUGCUGAAAGAGGAAAUCACUGUAAUUCUCACAUUAACCCAAUAGGGGCUGGUUAUUGUUAUUAUUUUAACAUAGAGCAACUUUUGUACCUUUGUAUUUAAAUUAAAAAGAAGGUGGUACCUGUC